GCAAUCGCCACACCGGCUCUAGUCCUCUCUCUGGGGCCAUGAGAGGCCUACUAACCACACAGGAGCAGGAUGGCUGGAGGGAGCUUAUUAACAAGGAGGCCUUCUGCAGGGUGAGCUGGAAAGCAAAAUAUGGGCACAAAUACCCCCGGUGGGUGCCUGACUAUGGGAUAUCCAAGAGAAAGUGCUUCUUGCCUGCUACUGGUCCUACAGAGGGCACAAGCUUUGCUGGAUGUCAAAAAGUAGCUGCACAAGAGGAGGAAGAACCGCAGUUGCCAGAGGAGAAGGAAGGUCUGAGUCCUCAGGAACCCCUUCCAGAGAUGCGGGCCCCGACCCCAGAGACCGAACAGCUGCUGUACCAGGGCUUCUCCCAUGAAGGUAAAGGGAGACACCACUACCUCAAAGAGAGGAAGAUGAAGUGUCCUGAGGAGAAAUUCUGUUACCCAGUGCUAUCAUCAUGGGAAUAUGGCUGGCGCUUAGGAGACGUUGUUAAAGACAUCAAGACACCAGUUCAUGGCAAAUCCCGAAUUGUAAAAGAUACUUUCUACUUCAAAAAUGGAGUCUUCUAUCAUCCAUCAAAAACUGACAAGCUGUCAUGAAUAUUAAUACUGGCUGAAAUGCAGAAAAGUUUCUGCAGUGGUGCCUUGAGUGGGUAUUUGUUGUGGUAUUGAAUCACUCAAACACUGUGCAUUGGAUCCAGAUUUAGUCUUAUUUAUUAAAAAUAUUUAGUUGUAGGGUUAGACUCAUUGUAUUUCAGUUAGUCAUGACUAGAGUCCCAUUGAUCUAUAUGUGUCUGCUUUAAGUAUGCCUAAAUCUGGAUCCAACCCCUUAUAAACACUUCCCUCUAUAAUUAAUCUUUCAGAUUUAGAAUUUGUCUCUAGCUUUGCUCUCUCUGUAAUACUUCCUGUGCAAUAGAUGAACAAUACAUAUUUUUCCAGAGUAACUUUGGGGGUUCUUCUAUAUCAACGGCAAGUGCACACAUCUUCCACACAUUUUGGACCACCUAGUUUGAUUUGGAGCCAUUUCAUGAAGCUGCUCGCGAUAGCUGCUUUUUCAUUCAGCUUGUGGUGGCUCCAUUUGCAGUGACUCCCUGACACUAGGAAGCAAGUCAGAUGUU